AUGAAGUUCUCUCUCGUUCCCGUCCUGGCCCUCGGAGCCGUGUACCUGUCCGGCAGCGCCACUGUCUACGCCGACAGCAGAAUCAAGGUGACGAUCGGCGAUGUCGAUUGUGACGGCCUGUGUCAUGGCAAUGUCGUCGUCCUGUGCAUGGAGAACCGCUCGUUCGACCAUCUCUUGGGCUGGUGGGCCAAAACCCGCCAGGAUGUCGCCGUCGACGGUGUACCCGCCGGCGCCCACAACGUCCUCUCCCAGAACGGCAUGGUUAUCGAUGCUCUGCCCAACGCUUCUUACAUCCAGCAGUCUCCUGACCACUCCGUUGCCGGCGUCACCACCGAGCUGUACGGUCUCGGUGCCAACACCAUGAACCCCGGACCCAACCCCGCGACCAUGAGCGGUUUUGUGGAUGCCAACUCGAUCGAGUGGAACAGCACCGAUCCCUCGAUCCUCCACAUGGCCAUGGAUGGCUACAACACCUCGGCCCUGCCGAUCACCUUUACCCUGGCUAACGAAUACGCCGUCUUUGACAAGUGGUUCGCUGCCGUCCCUGGCCCCACCUUCCCCAACCGUCUCUUCCUGACCUCGGGAACCUCCCAGGGCAUGUACUUCAACGACGCCAAGCAGAUUGCCGAGGGCUUCCCCCAAAAGUCCAUCUUUGGCCAUCUCCAGGACAACAGCGUCUCCUGGAAGAACUACUACGGCCAGUUCCCCACCUCGCUGGUCUUCAAGGACGUCCGCAACAUCAUCGACAUCCUCUUCAAGAUCCGCCCCAUGUCCAGCUUCUAUGACGACGCUCGUGAAGGCAACCUCCCGGCCUUCUCGUACAUCGACCCUAUCCUCCUCUCGCUGCCCGGCGUGAAUGCCAACGACAACCAUCCCCCGCACGAUGUCGCCCUGGGCGAGCUCCUCGUCAAGAACGUCUAUGAGGCCCUCCGUGCCUCUCCUCAGUGGAAGCAGACCCUCUUCAUCAUCACCUACGACGAGCACGGUGGUUUCUGGGACCACGUUCCUCCCCCCACCAAGAACGUCCCCAGCCCCGACAAUGUCUCCAACAGCUCGACCUUCUUCCGCUUCGACCGGCUCGGCGUCCGCGUUCCCACGAUCAUGAUCUCCCCCUGGAUCAAGAAGGGCCGCGUUGUCUCCUACCCGCAGAACGGCCCCACUCCCGACUCGCAGUUUGAGCACUCGUCGCUCCCUGCCACCCUGAACAAGUACUUCAACCUGAACGGCUUCUUGACCGCCCGUGAUGCCUGGGCCGCUCCUUUCGACUUUAUCACCAACGAGCUCAGCGCCCCCCGCACCGACUGCCCUGCCACUCUUCCCAACCCGCCCAAGGUCAGCCCUCAGAACUUUGUCAAGGAUGCCGAGGGCCAGUGGACCGAGAUCAUCACCAUCGCCGAGUCGCUUCUUGCUGGCAAGACCCCCUAAAUGGCCUCCCAUCCCCGAAGCCCCGAGGGUGAAUCGGUAGUGGUGACGCUCCCUUUGUCGAUGAUGCCCCUGCUGCCGAUGAUGUCGCUAUCACCUACAAAGCCACAAUGCCACACUACUCUCUACUCCAACCAACUGCCUCCCCUCCCUCCCCGAUAUAUAUCAGUACACCUCUACCCCCGCCGACACCAUCCUGCUAUCUCACUGUUGC